AUGGUUUCGCUACUCCAAGAUCAAUCCAAUAUUAAAUUUUCAUCUUCGGACACUCUGGAAAGGGAUCAACAAGACUUCAUGAAGACACAGGGGGAUUCAAUAUCCCCAGUUCAGCAAAGUGAUAAUCUCAGUUACAGCUGCCAACCAUAUGAGUCAGACAUCAGGACAGAAAGAAAGAGCUCAGAGUCUUCUCACAGCCCCAGCCCUGCUUCCCCAGCCCAGGAUCAAAUUCAUGGGAGAUACCCUACAAACCAAGAAAUUCACUGUGGCAAGAACAAAUUCAAAGCAUCUUUCAGUACUGAAAAAUUCAGGAGGUGCAGUUACGAGGAAAAUACUGUAGGAAACUACGACCGGUUCCUCAAGAGCAGCAGGAACCCCUUCCACCCUUACAAGAGGCAGAUCAGCGAAGAUGUUUUUCAGGAAGCACAUCAAGCCCUCCCACCAGAAGCUUCACCCUUCAAAAAUCAUAGAAGCAUCGAUGGUUUUGAGGGUCUAUCAGGAUCUACAGGUCCUGACGAGUCAGAGUCAUUUCCCACGCACAUCCCGGACAUCUCCACGGAGCAACCGUGGUGUAACAGCCUCCAGUACAACACCACGGGUCAGGAUCACAGCUCACAAGUCAUGCAGGAUUCAGACAUGAAGCUUAGGACAUCCCCGCUGGAAGGGCAGCCUGGUUUGUACUGCUACCAGCCUCAAGUGCAGCAGAUGUAUUGCCCCUCACACCCUUUCCAUCAGUAUCCCUCAGGAGGCAGCUACCCUGUGACUUACAUUGCUUCUUCACACUACCCUUACCAAAGAAUCGCUCCUCAGAGCAGUCAAGAAUCCCAGCAGCCUCUGUUUCCCAAGCCCAUCUACUCCUACAGCAUCCUGAUCUUCAUGGCUCUCAAAAACAGCAAGACGGGGAGUUUGCCAGUCAGCGAGAUUUACAAUUUCAUGACGGAACACUUUCCUUAUUUUAAGACAGCUCCAGAUGGCUGGAAGAAUUCCGUGCGCCACAACUUAUCUUUGAACAAAUGCUUUGAGAAAGUUGAAAACAAGUCAGGCAAUUCCUCUCGGAAAGGCUGCUUGUGGGCUCUGAACCCAGCCAAGAUUGAUAAGAUGCAGGAGGAGCUACAGAAAUGGAAGAGGAAAGACCCAGUUGCUGUAAGGAAGAGUAUGGCAAAGCCAGAGGAACUUGACACCCUGAUAGGCGACAAAAGCGAGAAGCUGAGAUCUUCCCUCAUGUCCUGCAGCCCGACGGGCGUUGCAGGUGCCUCCCUUUCCAGGCAGAUGGCAGCCCAAUCCCAUUCCUUAUGCGAGCCCUCCCUCUCCUCCGGGAUCCCACAGCCAUUACACAGCAUCCACGCCUCGGGAGUUCUGCAUGCCAACAAGAACGCUUUGCCCAAUUUACUGGGGGGGCAGCAGCCUCCGUGCUACACAUCCCCACAGGGCUUCCCCCAAAUCCCAAAUGCACUGAUGCAACAGACACCGGACCCUCAGAGCCUGUUUCCUUCUGGGGAGGCUCAAAGCGAGCUCCGAACUCAGCCCAGCAUCACUCAGGACUCCCCGCUGCCGGCGCAGACCCCCCCAAACUGUGGGAUGAAGAUGCUGCCGGAGCAUUCCACAGCCAGGACAGUGCAGGACACGCUCAUGCCGGAGGGAGACCUCAGCAAUGACAUCGAUGCUCUUAAUCCAUCCCUGACUGAUUUUGAUCUCCAAGGGAAUCUUUGGGAGGAGCUAAAAGAUGACAGCCUUGCUGUGGAUCCCCUUGUCCUCAUUUCAUCAUCCCCAGCGUCUUCCCAGUGUUUCCCCUCUCACUGCCAGCUGGAGAACAGCAGCAACGUCCCCAUCCCAAACGGAACUCCACAUGGAAAUGUCUCCGACCUCCAGCUCACUACCCUGUACUCUGCCUUUAUGGAAUUGGAUACAGUGUCUCCUGCCUACCUAAGUAAUCCUGGAUCCAAACCUAUAGCACUAAUGUGAACCACGUGCCAACCUAAUUAUUAUUAUUUUGUCGAAGUCCAGUCCUAACCAUCACACACUUCCCUAUCUGAUUGAUGUCAGCUGAGAUGGUGUCCAUGGGAAUAAGAAUAAUCUUCUUUCCAGAACUCUCCCGCAGGAUAUGUAGCUUUCCUAUAAUAAUUUUCUACAGACAGACACUAAAAAAAAAAAUGUAAAAUACUAUUUAAAGAUAAUAUUGUUAACAGCUGAACUUGUCAACACCAUUUUAUCAAGCCACUCAUCUUCUGCAUCUUCCAGAAACAAAUGACCCUAAGAGGAAAACAAAUUAUUGACUUUUUUUUUUCUUUUUUUCUUUAAUGAAAGCUGCUUGCAAAUGAACUCAGAACUCACAGCACACAACAAUCUAACUUAUUUCUUGGAGCCAAUGACGGCAAUAUCAUCCACCACAGACCACUCAAAAUAAAAAAUCUACAUGUUAAAACAGUUAUAGUCCCCUUGAAAGCAGUUCUGGGUUUUGGUAAAUAAGAACGUGAACUGAAAAUUCUCCAAGUAUUAGAAGAUAGAGGACAAGCUGCUGACAGACUAAACC